AGUUUGUUGUCCGCACUGUCCCGAUCUACCUGUCAAGCUCGUGAGUCGUGACAGACAAACCUUCAAAAAUAUCCCGCUCUCUAUUAUUACUCUCCCUCUCUCUCUUCCCCCAUAAAUCCAUUCUCCUCUCAUUUCUGCAAGAAACCAGACACCCCCCCGAUCUUGCCGAUUCAUCAUGAGGGAGAUUCUUCACGUCCAAGGAGGCCAAUGCGGCAACCAAAUCGGCUCAAAGUUUUGGGAGGUCAUCUGCGAUGAGCACGGCGUUGAUCCUUCCGGAAGGUACCAUGGAGACGGAUCCUCCGAUCUUCAACUGGAGCGCAUCAAUGUGUAUUACAAUGAGGCCUCUGGUGGCAGGUACGUGCCUCGGGCUGUUCUUAUGGAUCUUGAACCUGGUACCAUGGAUAGUAUCAGAUCCGGUCCCUAUGGCCAGAUCUUCAGGCCCGAUAACUUCGUGUUCGGGCAGUCUGGUGCUGGAAACAACUGGGCCAAAGGUCAUUACACUGAGGGAGCGGAGCUGAUCGACGCUGUUCUUGAUGUUGUUCGCAAGGAGGCGGAGAAUUGUGAUUGCCUGCAAGGCUUUCAAGUAUGCCACUCACUUGGAGGAGGCACAGGCUCCGGUAUGGGAACUCUUCUGAUAUCAAAGAUCAGAGAGGAAUACCCAGACAGGAUGUUGAUGACAUUCUCCGUCUUCCCUUCACCAAAGGUUUCUGACACAGUUGUGGAGCCUUAUAAUGCCACUCUCUCUGUGCACCAAUUGGUUGAGAAUGCUGACGAGUGUAUGGUUCUUGACAAUGAAGCACUUUAUGACAUUUGCUUCCGGACUCUAAAACUCAGUACUCCAAGCUUUGGAGACUUGAAUCACUUGAUUUCUGCAACCAUGAGCGGUGUGACAUGCUGCUUGAGGUUCCCUGGUCAGCUGAACUCUGACCUACGAAAGUUGGCUGUGAACCUGAUCCCAUUUCCCCGUCUUCACUUCUUCAUGGUGGGAUUUGCCCCCCUGACCUCUCAUGGCUCCCAGCAGUACAUCUCCCUCACUGUCCCAGAGCUAACUCAGCAGAUGUGGGAUGCCAAGAAUAUGAUGUGUGCUGCUGAUCCUCGUCAUGGUCGCUACCUCACAGCCUCUGCUAUGUUCCGGGGAAAGAUGAGCACCAAGGAGGUGGAUGAGCAGAUGAUCAAUGUGCAGAACAAGAAUUCAUCUUACUUUGUGGAAUGGAUUCCUAAUAAUGUGAAGUCCAGCGUUUGUGAUAUUCCACCAAGGGGUCUGAAGAUGGCAUCCACUUUUGUGGGUAAUUCUACAUCAAUUCAGGAAAUGUUCAGGAGGGUGAGCGAGCAGUUCACGGCUAUGUUCCGCCGUAAGGCCUUCUUGCACUGGUAUACUGGCGAAGGGAUGGAUGAGAUGGAAUUCACAGAGGCAGAAAGCAACAUGAAUGACCUGGUGGCAGAAUACCAGCAAUAUCAAGACGCGACUGCAGAGGAUGAAGCCGAGUUUGAGGAGGGCGUCGAGGAGAGCUAUGAUUGAUCCCUAAGAUGAUUGUGGGCAAUAUCACCAAACUGGGAUGGAUUUGAUUGGACCAACUUGACCUCUCCCAUCUACUACUUUAUGAUUUCCAUUGCCAGUGUUGUUUCCAUUGUUGUGGACUUAUUUUUAAUGUGUUGUUCAAUCAUUUACAUAUCUGCAAAAUAAUCUUGGUCGCACUCUGUUGCUCUCGAGAAUUUAACAUGUAUUCAAAUAUUUUCUUACUGGAUGGGAGCAUGGGUGUUACUAGUAGAAUGGAUGCGAAAAUGGUAAAAUGUUUGCAGCAUUUUUGGUUCAUCAUUACCUUGUACUUCUACUCCCGAGCUCCCGAACUUUGUUCAUUAAGCUCAUGUAAAAAAUGAUAUUAAUAUUU